GGCACUUAACGGUGGCGGCUGGUUCUGCGCCGGAUCCGGGAGAGGGCCGGGCGCCAUUGUGCUUCGCUGUUGACUGCUCUUCCUCAGUCAGAGGCCUCGAAGUGCGAGUCGGAGAGAGGCGGUGGGGUCGCUGCGAGCGCGACGCGCCCUGUUCAGCGCCGGCUCCGGAGCAGGGGAAAUCUUAAGAAUGGAGUCUAAACCUUCAAGGAUUCCAAGAAGAAUUUCUGUUCAGCCCUCCAGCUCUUUAAGCGCUAGGAUGAUGUCUGGAAGCAGAGGAAGUAGUUUUAAUGAUGCCUAUCACUCAAGAGAUUCUUCAUUUAGACUGGAUUCUGAGUAUCAGUCUGCAUCAGCAUCUGCAUCACCAUUUCAAUCCACAUGGUAUAGUGAGUCUGAGUUAACUCAGGGAGCACGCUCAAGAUCGCAGAACCAACAACGAGAUCAUGAUUCAAAAAGACCUAAACUUUCCUGUACAAACUGUACAUCUACCUCAGCUGCAAGAAAUGUUGGAAAUGGUUUAAAUACAGUAUCAGAUUCUUCUUGGAGGCAUAGUCAAGUCCCCAGGUCUUCAUCAGUGGUACUUGGGUCGUUUGGAACAGACUUAAUGAGAGAGAGGAGAGAUUUGGAGAGAAGAACGGAUUCCUCUAUUAGUAAUCUUAUGGAUUAUAGUCACCGAAGUGGUGAUUUUACAACUUCAUCAUAUGCUCAAGACAGAGUUCCUUCUUCAUAUUCACAGGGAGCAAGACCAAAAGAGAACUCACUGAGCGCUUUACAGUUGAAUACAUCGUCCGCAAACCACCACCAGUUGCCUUCUGAACAUCAAACCAUACCAAGUUCUAGGGACUACAGCAGAAAUUCUUUUAGGUCACAUUUUUCUUCAAGAGAAUCAGAAUCUCCCCGAAGCAGUACACAGUCUGGAUUUUCUUUUAUUCCAAGCAGAGAUGAAACUCCAACUAUAAGCAGUUCAGAAAGGGUUGGUUCAUCUCAAAGAUCAUUUCAAGAAUCUUCUGACAAUGAAGGUAGGCGUACAACGAGGAGAUUGCUAUCACGUAUAGCUUCUAGUAUGUCAUCUACAUUUUUUUCAAGAAGAUCUAGUCAGGAUUCCUUGAAUACAAGGUCAUUGAGUUCUGAAAACUCUUAUAUGUCUCCAAGAAUUUUGACAACUUCACAAUCUCGUAGUAUUGCAACAUCUACUUCUGAAGUUCCUGAUAAUAGGUCGUCUGAAGCUCCUCAGGGAUUUCGAUUUCUUAGGCGAAGAUGGGGUUUGUCAUCUCUUAGCCAAAAUCAUAGCUCUGAACCAGAUUCAGAAAAUUUUAACCAAGAAUCUGAAGGUAGAAAUACAGGACCGUGGUUAUCUUCCUCAUUUAGAAAUAGAUGUACUCCCUUGUUCUCUAGAAGGAGGCGAGAAGGAAGAGAUGAAUCUUCAAGGAUAUCUACCUCUGAUAUACCAUCUAGGUCUCAUAUUUUUAGGAGAGAAUCAAAUGAAGUAGUUCACCUGGAAGCACAGAAUGAUCCUCUUGGGGCUGCUGGCAACAGACCACAAGCAACUGCAGCAUCGAGCAGUGCUACCACAGGUGGCUCUACAUCAGAUUCUACUCAAAGUGGAAGAAAUACUGGCAUAACAGGGAUUCUUCCUGGUUCUUUAUUCCGAUUUGCAGUCCCUCCGUCACUUGGAAGUAACUUGACUGACAAUGUUAUGAUCACUGUAGAUAUUAUUCCUUCAGGUUGGAAUUCAGCUGAUGGGAAAAGUGAAAAAACUAAAAGUGCAUCUUCCAGAGAUCCAGAAAGACUGCAGAAAAUUAAAGAGAGCCUCCUGUUAGAGGACUCUGAAGAAGAAGAAGGUGACUUAUGUAGAAUUUGUCAGAUGGCAGCUGCAUCAUCAUCUAAUUUACUGAUAGAGCCAUGCAAGUGCACUGGAAGUUUACAGUAUGUCCACCAAGAGUGUAUGAAAAAGUGGUUACAGGCCAAAAUUAACUCCGGUUCUUCAUUAGAGGCCGUAACCACCUGUGAACUCUGUAAAGAAAAGUUGCAGCUUAACCUGGAGGAUUUUGAUAUUCAUGAACUACAUAGAGCUCAUGCAAAUGAACAAGCUGAGUAUGAGUUUAUCAGCUCUGGUCUCUACCUAGUUGUGUUAUUGCACUUGUGUGAACAAAGCUUUUCUGACAUGAUGGGAAAUACUAAUGAACCAAGCACACGUGUCCGAUUUAUUAACCUUGCAAGAACGCUUCAGGCACAUAUGGAAGAUCUCGAAACUUCAGAGGAUGAGUCCGAAGAAGAUGGAGAUCAUAACAGAACAUUUGAUAUUGCCUAACUUCAUAUAAGACAAAUGGAUGGUCUGUGAACAAGUGUUUAUUAUAAGUGGCAAUUAAGUGUGAUUUAAUUUUGUGGGGGAAUGCCUGUUAAAUAUAUUGACUAUAUAAAAUGAAUAUAUCUACACACAUACACAUAUAUAUGUAUGUGCAUGUGUGUAUGUAUAUUUAUUCUCCAGUGUUGCUUAAUUAAAAUCCGCUGGACCUUUUAACAUGGCCAGCAAAUCUGAUGUUUAUAAACUGGUAAUCAAAAGUUUUUUCUUUUAGGCGGGUGGGAAAGUGUUACCCUUGUUUUAAAGAUCUAAACAAUGCCCAUCAGCCCUUUUUUGUGUUUUGAUUACCGUAGUCAUAUUUAUGAAAAAUGGUUCGUGUUAGUCUCUUGCUAGUGAGAAAAGUGGAACAAAACUUGCUUUUGAAAUAAAAUGCCAAAUAGUAUCUAAUUAUUUUUCCAUUUAAAAUGCCUUAAGUUGCAGUCACAUUUUGAUAAUCAUUUUCUUCCAGUGUUUCAGAAAAAAAUUUUUAAAGAAUGGGGAGGUCAUAGAGAGCACUGUAUUAGGUUUCCAAAUUUAAUUUGAAUUCUAAAUUCAUUUAGCAAUAAAAUCUAAUUUUAAAAAAUAUAAUAUGUAAAAAUGAUGGUUAAAUUUUUGUAUUGAUUUGCAAAAUGGAGAUUAUAUUUGUUAGACCAUAGUAUGUAGAUAUUCCUUUUAGGAAUAUUACAGCUGUAAAUUAGAUCCGAAUUGCAGUCAAAUGCUAUUUGGUUAAAAAAAAUUAUUGCAAUCUCACGUUAAUGGAAUAUUUUUAAAUCCCACAUUCAAAGUUUAAAACACUGGUUUUCAAUGUGUUUUUUAGUGUUGUCACUUCUUUAUAGAUAAUAUGAUAUAAAUAACUUGUUUGGAUCCUGGUUGUUUUUAACUGUUCGUUGGUAAUUCUGAACAUUUAUUUAGUGAUUAUUAAUAUUUUUCACUGUCUUCAGAGAACAGAUGAAUAUUACCUAUUCACCAUGAAUGGGCCUACACCAUGGUCAUGAGAUGUGUGUACUUCCGUAACACUGUAUUUCCCCUCUGUCGACACCCUUAAGAAACACUUAAAACACUUUCAGGUGGUUUUAGGAUAAAGUCUAAUGUUAUGGCAGCAAACUACUUUUUCAGAACCUAAAUAGAAACCGUGUUAUUUCUCAAAUGUGAAUGAACAGUUUGCCCACACUUAGUUUGUUGGUCUUAUGUAAAACCCUGGCUUGAAAUAAAGUACAUACUGAUUAAUUUA